GUCAAACGCUUUGUUUUGAUGUCAAACUUAAAAAUAUAUCCUGCUUUAACAUUGUUACUUUAAUAUUUCAGUAUAAAAAAUAUAUAUAAGUUUGUAAACCAUGUCUAAUAAUAUUAAUCCUUUAGCUGGAACUGCUCAUUUGCUGGACGAACUGGAUAAGAAAUUAAUGGUGUUACUGCGUGAUGGAAGGACCUUGAUCGGAUACUUACGCUGCGUGGACCAGUUCGCAAACUUAGUUUUACAUAAAACCAUAGAGAGGAUUCAUGUGGGUCGUGAAUACGGGGAUAUACCGCGGGGAAUAUUCAUUGUUAGGGGGGAGAAUGUUGUACUUUUAGGGGAAAUUGAUAAAGAGAAAGAAGAAAAUCUUCCAUUAACAGAAGUCUCUGUAGAUGACAUUCUAGAUGCUCAACGGCGAGAACAAGAUACAAAGACGGAACAACAAAAAUUAUUGUCAAAAGCUCUUAAAGACCGGGGCCUUAACUUGAUAGCUGACUUAGGCCAUGAUGAUAUGUUCUAAUCUCAUAUUCCUUAUCCAUAUAUAUGUUAAAAGGCUAUAUGGCUGUUACUUUUUUUCAUCAUUACUUUAAUGUUAAAAUAUUAUAUAAGUUCUACAUAUGUGUAUAUUGUAUAAAAAACACAAUCAGAUGUUUAAAUUUAAUAAAAAUUUGAUUCUUUGGCA